AUGGGAUUUAAAGGGGGGAAAUAUACUUGGUGGAAUGGACAAAGUGGAGAUGAGUGUAUUUUCAAGAGACUGGAUAGAUGUUUAGGGAAUCAAGCCCUACGGGAUAAAUACCCUGAAUUAGAGGUGUCUCAUUUAAUUAGAACAGGAUCAGACCAUGCUCCUCUUCUAAUUUCGUAUUCUGGAGAAUCUGAAGCUGUUAGAAUAUCCUUUAAGUUUCUCAAUUUUUGGGCUAAACAUGGUUCUUUUGUGGAUAUUGUGAAGGAAUAUUGGAAAGCAGAUUUCAUGGCUAAUCCUUUUCAUUUAUUUCACUAUAAACUGAAGAAAGUUAAAUCUACUUUAAUACAAUGGAGUAAAGAUACAUAUGGGAACAUUUUUCAGGAGAUUGAGACCUCGGAAGAUGCGGUUAAAGUGCAUGAAAUUCAGUUUGAACUUUAA